UUGACGCGUGAAAUGGCAUCUUGGCGUUCCACUCGCGAUAUGGUAUCAUACGCGCAUGCAUCCAGACUACGACGGUAACCGGUCGUAUGCCGAUCGUUUCCCAUCGAAAUGCGUGCGAGACGUCCUUCUAUAUAGGUAGCUAGCUUCCCGACGUCCCUCGAUGUGACCGUAACCGGUGACCUUGCUCCUGUUGCUCGUUCGCCUGAGUUGGUCAGUCGUGACAGCGUCCCUUCGUUUCCCGAGUAGCUUUCCCAACAACUACUCUCACACCCGUGCCUCCUCUUCCUCCGCUCGGUAGUCAUGAAGAUUCAGAGCUCUACGCUAGUUCUCUCUACCGCCGCGGGCCUGCUCGCCCUCGGCGGCAGCGCCGAGCCCAUCGGGCGCCGCAUCGGUUCCAAGCGCAAACUGCCGCUGGUGCAAAAUAGACCCUACGUAGACUCUAUUCUCAUCAAGGACCUGCUCGGAUGUGCCCAGGACCUGGAGGACAUAGCUUAUGCAUCGCCGCGCCGCAACCGAGUCCACGGCACCGAGGGACACCAAGGCACCGUCGACUACAUCGCAGAAACUCUCGAAGCCCUCGGCGACUACUACAACGUUACGCGGCAGCCUUUCACGACCGAGGCCACCAUUGGGUCGGAGACAUCACUUUUCGUCGAUGGCGAGGAACUUGCCGCCGGCAGCUUCUCCUUCGGUAAUAACGGCACCUGGACGGACAUACCGCUGGUAAACGUUGCCAACCUCGGCUGCGACGCUGAAGAUCACCCGAGUACCCUGGCCGGAAAUGUCGCCCUUAUCGCGCGGGGCACUUGCACGUUCGUCCAGAAGAUCAGGCUGGCAGGGGAGAAAGGCGCCGUCGCUGCCAUCAUCUAUAACAAUGCGGAAGUUGGUGUUGCCACGGGCACGCUCUCGGGCGUGAAUGAUCUGAUUCCGGUCGGCGGCAUCACACGCGCGGAUGGCCUGCGGCUCGCAGAGCAGAUUAGGGCCGGCGAAACACUGACCUCGACGGGAGAGUUCUGGCAGUACGUCGCGAACGUGACGAGCUACAACGUUAUCGCGAGCAGCAAGCGCGGCGACCCAGACAACGUGCUUUUCUUAGGCGCGCACAGCGACUCGGUCGAGGCCGGCCCCGGUAUCAACGACAACGGUAGCGGCACGUGCGGCCUGCUGACGGUCGCGCGGGAGCUCGCGAAGUGGCGCACUAACAACCAGGUCCGCUUCGCCUGGUGGACUGCCGAGGAGGAGGGCCUUCUUGGCUCUGACUACUACGUCACCACCUCGUCCGACGCCGAGCUCGACCGCGUCCGGCUCUACCUCAACUUCGACAUGAUCGCCUCGCCCAACUACGUGCUCGGCAUCUACGACGGCGACGGCAGCUCCUUCAACCUCUCUGGGCCCGCCGGCUCCGCCGAGGCCGAGCGCCUGUUCGAGGAAUGGUACAAGUCGGAGGGCUUGCCGUUCGUCGGAUCCGAGUUUAACGGCCGCAGCGACUACGGGCCGUUCCUUGAAAGAGGCGUGCCGUCCGGCGGUCUCGACACAGGCGCCGACGGUAUCAAGACCGAGGCCGAGGUAGCGUUGUUCGGUGGCACCGCCGGAAUUUUCCACGACCCCAACUACCACACUGCUCGUGACAACGUGACCAACUUGAGUCUUACCGCCUUCCAAAUUACCGGCCGAGGCAUCGCACACGCUGUCGCCACCUACGGCCGCAGCUGGGAGGGAUUCCCGCUCCGCAACGUCACAUCGCUGACCAGGAGGCUCUCGCCGAACAAGCUCAACUACGGCUCCUCCCAGAGCAAGUCGAGGCACGCCAAGAAGACGUACUAAGUACUAGUCAAUAGAGGGGGCGCAGAGGCGACUUUGACAUAAUAUCGUUACCUAGUCAGGUAGUUUCAUAGCGUUAUCUUGUAAUGCAACAGCGUGUUCCCG